AUGGCUUCGCCAAAUGAUGUCAGUAUGGAAGAAAUACCUCUGGGAGAUGAUGAGCGAGACAGCAUAGAAUACAAGAUCCUGAUGGCCUACGCCCAGCGGCGGUUGUCUGUCAGGAAAUAUGGAACACUCCUGGAAAAUGAGGCUAAUGUGUGGAAAUCAUCAUCCUUAACCAAAAGAAAAGUAAAGCUGGCCCAUCAAAGUAGUAUAGAUGGACCAACCCCAAUAGCAGUUUAUCAGGGUGGCAAGGUGGAACAGCAGAGCAAAAACCAACCGAAACAAAAAUCUAGGGCUUAUCCAGGCACACCUUUUCCCUGUGACAGACCAAAGCAGGAAGUGCACCGAAUACCCCUGUCAGGAAGAUUUAAGUUUACGCAUUAUGAAGAGACAUCUCAGCAUCAGACAAGUGAAACAGCAGAUGUCAGCCACAUUGCAGACAAGCUUGCCAAACUUGUUACUUCCAGACCCCAGGAAUCUCCUUCAGAUGUGUCAUUCAGGACACUUGAUGCCGGAAGCGAGGAAGAUGACAUUGACAGUCUUCCUGGUGGAAGUGAGGGCAAAGAACAUGAAGACAAGAUAAUUCAGGAAAUAGUUUCACUGUUGAGACGAGAAGGGGAUCGACUAGACGAAAAGAUCAAAAAAGACAAGGUUUUAUAUCAGCAUUUUAAAGAGAUGCUCUCCUACCCCUUCUUCAAGAAGAUCACUGAUUCGUUCCUGGAGGGUGUCGUAGCAGAUUCAACAACUAAGCCAGGAGACCAACUGCAAUGCACAAAAGUUGCCUUUACAAUGGAAGUCGCCAUCAGACUUACUGCUAUGGACAACCAUCCUAUGAACCUGGUCUUGGGCUUUGGAUUGAAGUACCUCAGAGAGCAUUUCAAGCCAUGGAUUCAGGACCGUGGUGGCUGGGAGAAGGCUUUGACUUCACUGGAUGAGGAAGAAGUAGAGUAAUCAUGACUGAAUUCUUCAGGGUGUAUGAGCCUUCAAUUAAGGAACACACAGGAUCUUACUACAGUCCAAUGCCAGAAUUA